AUGGCUCCAACCAAGAAAGUUCCACAAGUCCCAGAGACUGUGCUUAAGCGCAGAAAGCAGAGAGCCGAUGCUCGCACCAAGGCUGCCCAGCACAAGGUCGUCACUGCUGCUAAGAACAAGGAGAAGAAGACCCAGUACUUCAAGCGUGCUGAGAAGUACGUUCAAGAGUACAGAAACGCUCAGAAGGAAGGACUCAGACUCAAGCGCGAGGCUGAGGCCAAGGGCGACUUCUACGUCCCAGCUGAGCACAAGGUCGCCUUCGUGGUCAGAAUUCGCGGUAUCAACCAACUCCAUCCAAAGCCAAGAAAGGCUCUCCAGAUCCUCCGUCUUCGUCAGAUCAACAAUGGAGUCUUCGUCAAGUUGAACAAGGCUACUCUUCCACUUCUCCGCAUCAUCGAGCCAUACGUUGCUUGGGGAUACCCAAACAACAAGACCAUCCACGAUCUUCUCUACAAGCGUGGAUACGCCAAGGUUGACGGAAACCGUGUCCCAAUCACCGACAACACCAUCGUUGAGCAGAGCCUCGGAAAGUACAACAUCAUCUGUCUCGAAGAUUUGGCUCACGAGAUCGCCACCGUCGGACCACACUUCAAGGAGGCUACCAACUUCUUGUGGCCAUUCAAGCUCAACAACCCAACCGGUGGAUGGACCAAGAAGACCAACCACUUUGUUGAGGGAGGAGACUUCGGAAACAGAGAAGAUCAACUCAACAACCUUCUCCGAAGAAUGGUCUAA